UUAUCCAUCAACUAAAAAUACAGUAAACACAGUUUAAAAGUAAAUUUUGUAUCCUACGUAGGUACUAAAAUAAAUAAAUUUAUUUAAUAUUUAUACCCAUGUGAAGAUAAAUUAAUAAGAAUCUUUAAAAAUACAUAAUGAUUGAUAUAGAAAAGAAAAUUCACUCCCUUUUCAUUUUUAAUUCUAACUACGGUCCUAAGGAAGGAGAUGAACACAAGAAAAUAUUAUUCUUUUAUCCAAACGAUAUUGGCUCAGAUGCUCGCAAAACAGAAGUUGGACUUUGCGAAGCAGUUAUAAAGUUUAUGUCAACAUUCUCAUCUGAACCAUGUUCAUCUCUACAAACUCAGACAAAAAAAUAUAUAUUCUACCAACCUGAACAAGAUUUCUGGAUGGUGCUGGUUCUUUCUUCAGCUUAUGCAACAAAACCUUCGGGAGAUGGCUCAAAUGAUGUAGAGCCAUCAGUAAUGCAGGAUGUGCUUAUAUCUGCAUAUAGAAUGUUCCGAAUGUUCGUUGGACUAUUAAAAGAUAUUUCACCAGAAAAUAUUUAUGAAGUGUGUGAUAAUUUUUUCAAUCCGUUUAUAUCAAGCAAGGAAGUUAAGAAUGAAUUGAGCAAUGUCAUUCAAGGGAUAAACUAUUUGCCACUAGAGAAAAACUCCUUUUUCAAAGUUAUCUGUUUUAUAGAUCUGUUGGAAAUUAAUUAUCCUGAUUUUAAGUGUGUAUCGUUUAUAUACAACGACCAGUUAAUAUGGAAUGGCUUAUGUAAGGAUGACAUGUUGACAUUGUACCAGUAUUUAGUACAAAAUUUACUACCUAAGGAGGUAGAAAAGGAAAUUCAAGGUGGGGCAGUAACAGCAGCUCAAAGGCAUGGAAGGUUUAUUAGUCCUCAAGAUGGCAUUAGAUGUGAGGAAGAUUUACAAAAACUCCCCAAAGUAUUUUUAAUGAGGGAGGAUGAUGAAGAGAAAAAGCAAUAUUACCUUGUUAUAUAUAGAACACUUAGUGCAACUGUUUGUUUUACAGUUUAUGUCGACACAACUCUGGAUAUAUCGACAUUUAAGUCACUCGACGCAUUCAUUGGGCCACACCUCUCAACUAUCGCAUCUUCUAUCAGUGAGCAGUGUACGAUACACGCGCUGCAAACGGCACAAAUAACAAACGCCGAUCACAAGUUUUUAUAUUUCAACAGACUUAAUUUAGCUUAUAAAACAUCGCCACCUCUGAAUACACUUACCCCGUCAUCUGCUGUCAAACCAGAAGUCAUUAGUAUCAUAGCUGGGAUGCAUAAAGACCGGGAAAGUCUAGGUAAUUAUGGUGAGAUAAUAAUAAAAACUCCCGAUGAGUAUUGGAUAACCGGGAAGUCUUCCAAUGACAGAGAAUUUUAUGUGGUCAUGCAGAAGAAUGCGAACCUGAAGGAAAUUGCUGAUGAGGUGAAAAAAAUUUGUGAAUCACAAAUGAAAGGAAUCUUCUUCUACCCAAUGUAAUAAAAUAUGUAAAUAAUUAUUUAUAUAACAUUAACUGUAUUGCACUCAACUGAAAAAUAAUAAAGGUGUUUUUAUGUUA